UUCCUGAAGAUAAAGGCGAGCUCAACGGCCUGGACUUCAUUUGCUCCGUCCAAGCUGCGGGAUGAAGGAGGUGAGGAAAGAGCGAGUGCGCGGGGGCCGGCGGAGGCACCGGAACGGAGACGUGGUGACUAUGGCGCCGGCUGUGGUGGUGAAGCAGGAACGCCUCAGUCCGGAAGCCGCGCCGCCCACCCAGCGCCGUCCCGACCUCGCCGGCGGCGGCGGCAGCCCGACCCCGCCACCAGGCCGCCGCGGGAGCCGAGCCCGGGGAGUGAGCCGGUCCCCAGCCAAAAAGAAAAUCAAGUCUUCGGGGAGAAGAAGCAAGUCUCCUCGGACUAAGAGAAGCCGGAGUCCUCACCACUCAACAGUCAAAGUUAAGCAGGAACGGGAGGAUUACCCUCGGAGAGGACGGGAGGACCGACAGCACCAGGACCCAUCACAGCAGGAACACAGGAGAUCUAGGAACAGUAACCGAGACAGAGACAAGCAUCGGGGCCAUUCCCGCCAAAGGAAGAGCUCUGAUGAAAGGCCUGGUGGUGGACAGGGCCGGGAUAGAGACAGCCACAACUUGCAGGCUCAGGAGGAAGAGCGGGAGUUUUAUAAUGCCAGGCGCCGGGAGCACCGCCAGAACGAAGUCACUAGCACUGCUAAUGAGGCUCAAGAGAUGGUUCCUCAACCUGGUGGCAACAGAAACAAAGAAGUGCCUGUUAAAGAAAAACCAAGCUUUGAACUUUCUGGGGCACUUCUUGAGGACACUAACACCUUCCGGGGUGUCGUCAUUAAGUACAGUGAGCCCCCAGAAGCACGUAUCCCUAAAAAACGCUGGCGUCUCUACCCAUUUAAAAAUGAUGAGGUUCUUCCAGUCAUGUACAUCCAUCGACAGAGUGCUUAUCUUUUGGGUCGACACCGGCGCAUUGCAGACAUUCCAAUCGAUCAUCCCUCUUGUUCAAAGCAGCAUGCAGUCUUUCAGUAUCGGCUUGUGGAGUACACUCGUGCUGAUGGUACAGUUGGCCGGAGGGUAAAGCCCUACAUCAUUGACCUUGGCUCAGGAAAUGGAACCUUCUUGAAUAACAAGCGUAUUGAGCCACAAAGAUACUACGAACUGAAAGAGAAGGAUGUACUUAAGUUUGGAUUCAGUAGCAGAGAGUAUGUCUUGCUCCACGAAUCAUCUGAUACUUCUGAACUAGACAGGAAGGAGGACGAGGAUGAGGAGGAGGAAGAGGAAGCAGUGUCUGACAGCUAGCAAACUAAGAAACAACCCAUUCUAUUGAGACACCUUUUCCUUCUUGAAAGGCUUGGGAUUGACUUCAAAGCACCACGGUGCUCGCUGUAACGCCUCUUAUUGCCUUAAGUCUUUCCUCUGUUGCUGACCAGCAUGUGUUAAGAACACUGACUUAGGUUUUGUUGAUUUGUUUUGUGGCACAUAAUCAUGUGCCUGUGGUCAUUUGUUUUUAAACAGUCUCGCCAAUUACAGUACAUCGUGUUUUAGUAGAAGCAUUGUGGCUUUAGUUGGUGCUUUGAGAACUGCUGCCUAGGAAAUGGAACCCUUUGUUGAAGGGGAAUUGUGGUUUGUUCUCUUUGUACAGUUUGUUUAUUUAUAUAGUUAUUAAGCUUUGUGGACCAGGAGUUUUUCUUUUUGGGGCAAAUCCUUGAGCAGAGAAUCUUACUGAGCUUCGAUUGUCAGCAGAACAGCCUCCAUUAUAUACCAAAACUUAGACCUGAUUGAACUCUUGAGUCAUAUAAGUUAAUUUUGCACUUUUUUUUUUGAGGUUUGGGGGAGUGUUAACCACAUGACCUCAUUAUCAACUUAAACAGAUGCUUUGUGGCACCUGUUUAAACAUGUGACAUACAAGAAGAUUAUGGCUACUAUCACUGGGUGCUGAUUAAUGGGAGAAGCUGAGAUGCUUGUGGAUCUGUUUCCUGUAGAGAAUUCUGCUUUCUCCAUGGAGCAUGUAUGUAACUAUUUCUAUCAUCUGGUCUAUCUAUUCUUCAGUUUUGCAUUUUUAGCCAAACAGCCCUUUUCUCCCCUCCCUCCUUCCCUUCCUUCUCUCCUUCCUUCUCUCCUUCCUUCUCUCCUUCCUUCCUUCCUUCCUUCCUUCCUUCCUUCCUUCCUUCCUUCCUCUCCCUCUCCCUCUCUUUUUCUUUGAGAAAUAUACCAUCACCUAUGUGACAGGGGCCUUGCUUUAUUGUAACAACAUGUAAAUAUGUCUGAAGAAGAUUGUGUAGCAUUUCUACAUGUUUCAUCUUUAAAAAUUGUUAAGAGAAGUUGUAUUUACCUUCCAAGGGCAGGAAAGCAAGGGGGCUGCCCAUUUUCCUAAUUUUCCACCAAGAAUAAUGUGUAGGUAGAAAAGUACUACUUACAUAUAGUGUCUAUGUGUGUAUUAUAUAUCAAUUAUAUGUUCAAGAGCUGUGUGAUGGUUUUCGUAUGACAGUGUCAUAUAAAUAUAACGCCACACGACAGGCAAAGGCUUCUCUGCAUUUGAAGAGAAGGUUUUCAUUAUAUGUAUUUUUGUGAUAAAAAAAUAAAAUUUGUAAAUA